AUGCCGAGCCCACCGGCAGGGUUUGUGCUGGACGAUGAAGGGGAGGUGGUGCUGGCUGCACCUGCCGAGAGGAGAACGCUCACCAUUGUGAGUGUCUGUUUCAGGUCCGUUUGUGUGGGGUUUGUGCUGGACGAUGAGGGAGAGGUGGUGCUGGCCGCACCUGCCGAACGACCAACGCUGACCAUCCAUGACCCCAUCACCACCCGCACGAUCCCAUCACCAACCGCUCCUUGGACUGUGUCAUUCGACGCGCCUUCUCCAACUCGCUCGGCGUCCCCUUCUUCCUUCUGCACCCGCUCGACACGUGCGUUCCGUUCCUCCUCCUGCUUCUUUCUACUGGUUAUUGGGUUUAAUUCGUCUCUAUAUGCCUCCCCUGCUUCUCCAACUCGCUCGGUGUCCCCUUCUUCCUUCUGCACCCGCUCGACACGUGCGUUCCGUUCCUCCUCCUGCUUCUUUCUACUGGUUAUUGGGUUUAAUUCGUCUCUAUAUGCCUCCCCUGCUUCUCCAACUCGCUCGGCGUCCCCUUCUUCCUUCUGCACCCGCUCGACACGUGCGUUCCGUUCCUCCUCCUGCUUCUUUCUACUGGUUAUUGGCCCCAUCAUGUUUUUCCGCAUCUCUGGGCGAACGGGAGAGCUACAGGAGGUGGAUGAUGAGGAGGCAGAGCGAAUCAUGCCGGCUGCCGCUUAUGCUCUCGCCAAGAAGAGCCUGCACUUGACUCCCUCAGGAUUCACCCUCACCCUUAGAGGAGCCAUCUGCUUCACAGAGGAUGACGUCAUCAACCUGGACACUGAGCUGGGGUUUGGCAUCGGGGGAUCCCUGGCUGAAGGGGUUGACAUCACCACGUUCCUGUCUGGCGGGCAGGAGUACAUGAUAUACACGCCUUUCGACCCUCUCAUGUUCGUCGCAUACAAGGACCCAAAGACUAGCGAGAUUCUUGUGGCUGAAGAUCCUGAGCUUCUAAACGAUCCCAAGGUGUUGGAUGCGAUAGAUGAGGAGCAGCAGUUCCAAGCCAUGGUGGAGGCAGAGGAGGAGAUGGAGGCAACACUGGAGCAGACAGCAAGGCAGGCACCCCUCUGCUUCACGCAGGAGGAGAUGAAGGCAACACUGGAGCAGACAGCGAGACAGGCACCCUUGCGUUCCCAUGACCCUCCUGCUGCCCUCUCCUCCUGCCCUAUCCAUCCUUUUACUCCACUUGCCUCUUCCCAGGAGGCAGAAGAGGAGACGGAGGCAACACUGGAGCAGACAGCAAGGCAGGCAGCCUUUUGUUCCAGAGAACUCUCCCACGGUCUCUCCUGCCCUCUCACCCUCCUACCCUUUCCUCUGCUCUCCAUGUAUGUGCUCCCCAGGAGGCCGAAGAGGAGAUGGAGGCAACACUGGAGCAGACAGCCGAGGCAGGCAACCCCACAUAAUCUUCCUGCUCUUUCCCCCCCCUGCUACUGUUCUCGGCCGCCCACUUUUUCCAAUCUCCAGGAGGCAGAGGAGGAGAUGGAGGCAACACUGGAGCAGACAGCAAGGCAGCCACCCCCGAAGAGCCGGCAGCAGCAGCAGCAGGCACCUGUCAGCUCAAGGAGAGGCCGAUAG